AUGCCAGAGAAGAAUCCUCCGGUAUUAGAGAAGUAUGAUGGCUCGAUAGAUCCCGACGAUCAUCUUAGGAUCUUCACUAAUGCAAUGACGCUCUACACAGACAGUGAUUCAUUCAUAUGCAGAGCUUUCUCCUUGUCACUCAAGGACGAGGCAUUGGAGUGGUAUAACACUCUUCCCCCAAACACAGUAGAUUGCUUCGCCACCGCCGAAACCCUUUUUAGAAGGCAAUACGCCUCUAAUCAGAAACAGGAGAUAACACCAGUGAAAUUAGUAAAUACUAAACAGGGGAAGGAUGAAACCUUGAAGGCAUUCAUGAAAAGAUACAACAAAACCGCACGACGAGUUAAAGAGGUUAAUCACUCUUUUAUUAUUAACAACUUACCUUCAUGCUUGAAACCAGGAUAUUUUGCUAAAAAACUGUAUGCGCGGCCACCGAAAACCAUGGAGGAGCUCCAUAAAAGAGUAGCUGAAUUCAUCCGCAUGGAGGAUAUGCGAAUCUUGCAAAGAAAGAAACAACAAGAAGUCUCUACAAGCGGAAACCAAAAGGAGGGCAAACAAUUGUUCAAUAGUAGUGACAAAAGUGGAGGUACGUUUCAUAAGGAUUUCAUCCGAACACCCAGGUAUAAUCAUUACACUGCCCUCAAAGCACCCGAGGUAAAAGUUCUUGAGGAAGCUCUGAAUACUGAACUUCUUACAAUUCGGAGAAAGUCUUCUCCAAAGGACGCUGACGAAAGGAAAAGUUAUCGGUUCCAUCAGAACUGUGGACAUACUAUAGAGGAAUGCCUUACGCUAAAAGAUGAGAUAGAAAGGCUCAUCCGAGGAGGCCAUCUGCAGAAAUUCGUAGGAGAAAGGACCCGAACAAAGAGUCCUACCAAAGAAAAGUCUCAACGUAGAGAAACCGACCGGUCAUAUUAA